CUCGAUCUAUUACAAACCAGCUAGCAAAGCAUCCAUUUAGGAUUACUCUUGAACCCUCCCGCGUUGCUACGUUUCUCUAUUUUAUCCACUUUCAGAGCCAUCCCUUCCCGAAGAUUCCUCAUGACUGCCGACGUCCCUAGCACUGCUCCAGUUGCAAAGGCCAAGCUCCAGGGCCGUGCCUUAUUCGAAGCGAUCGGGUCCCCUACCAAGAUUGUCGCACCAAUGGUGGACCACUCUGAACUUGCAUGGAGAAUCCUCUCUAGACGCUACGGUGCCACUCUUUGCUACACCCCUAUGUUUCACGCACGCUUGUUCGCCACAUCUGAGAAAUACCGCAAGGACAUGUGGGACGAGCUCGACGGUGACCUGGAGAAGGACCGUCCCACCAUUGUGCAGUUCUGCGCCAAUGACGCUGAUUUCCUCCUCUCUGCCGCCAAGAUCAUCCAGCACAAAUGUGAUGCGGUGGACUUGAACUUGGGCUGUCCCCAGGGCAUUGCCCGUAAGGGUCACUAUGGCUCUUUCCUUAUGGAAGACUGGCCGUUGAUCCACAAGUUGAUCAGAAACUUGCACGACAACUUGGAUAUCCCAGUCACUGCUAAGAUCAGAGUGUAUGAUGACCGUGAAAAGUCUUUGGCGUACGCUAAGAUGGUGUUGGAUGCCGGUGCGCAGUUUGUCACCAUCCACGGGAGAACCAGGGAAAUGAAGGGCCAGAAGACCGGUUUGGCCGACUGGGAGAUCUUAAGGUAUAUCAAGGAUAACUUGCCGGAAGACACUGUGUUUUUUGCCAAUGGUAAUGUGUUGUACCCAGAGGAUCUCGCUAGAUGCACUGAGAAGGUGGAUUGCGAUGCGGUCAUGUCGGCUGAGGGUAACCUCUAUAACCCUGGCGUGUUCUGGACCGCCACUAACGACAUGGAAAGGCAGUUUCCGCGAUUGGACAAAAUUUCUCGUGAGUACUUUGAAAUUGUAAAGUCUGUACCAGGCCAUGCCUCCAAGCACGCACUCAAGUCGCACAUGUUCAAGUUAUUGAGACCAAUAUUGGGAAUCGAGACCGGUAUCAGAGAGCUACUCGCUAAGGCAAAUACCAGGCUUUCUUUAGACCCUAUUGAAGAGGUUGUUCAGGCGGUGGAGGCUGCUGUGCAGAAAAUCUACGAGCAGGAAAAUAUCGCGGAACUCGAUGUGAUUACUGAGGGUGAGGUCCAGGCAUGGGGGGGUAGCUACAAGACCAUUCCAUACUGGAGGUGUCAGCCAUAUUUUAGACCGGUUAACGGGGUCGCUGGGCAGGACAGAGCCGCAGCGUCCUUGAAGAAGGAGGAGGAGCUGACUGCGUUAAAGAGAAAGUCCGAAGAAGAGCUCGGCAACGGUGCCAAGAAGGUUGUUUCCGAGUAGGUUUAAUGUAUAUAUGUGUAAUCUAGUGUGAUAUAAGUUGAAAUCAAGAAAUAUUACAAUCGUUCAAAUAUAAG